AUGAGAAUACUCGGAGAGACGGGGUUGCUACCUAUAGCCGAGUAUGGAAUAGACAGCCCGGGAUGUGACCAUCUGGGAGACAGAACUCGUUGGGUUGUGAACCGUGGAAACGGCGAUCCAACGGGAUGUGACUGUCUGGGAGAUGGAACUCGGCUCGAUCGAGUUGAAGCUUGGCCGGUCGAGUUGAGGAACUCGACCGGUUGGUCGAGUAGACGGUCGAGCUGGUCUUCAAGAUGGCUUCUCCCUUCUUCCUUUGCGUAUCCAGUUGAGCUGCUUCCAUGUGCCAAGUCCCUCCAUGCUCCUCAUGUCCCAUAUGCUCCAGAAUGCUCCAAAAGACCUAUUUCAAAGGACCAAACAUGCAUAUAACUUCCUAGGGAGAGGCUUCUUGAGUGCCCCCCAAAGAACUGGGAGGCUAGGUCGUGGUCUGGAGAUGGUAGACGGCCAUCAGGAGCACUCCACUCGACUGGGUUGGCUCACUCGAUCGAGCUUGCUCCUCUUCCUCCUCUUCUUCAUCUUGAAAUGUGUGUGGCUCCCUUGGCCUUGGUGGAGCUGGCUUGCUCGAAGCGGUUGUAG